UCGAAGCCAGCUGACUAAAUAUGUCAUUUUAAAUCUGAGUUUGCGCGAUAAUUACCGGUGUUAGCUUGUUAAAAACUAUUGAUUUGUUUUACGUUAUUUUUGUUAAACAAAACGUAACUAAUUAAAAUGCAACGUGACAUAAGAUCUUUCUAUAAAACUGCUGGUCAACCAAAGAAAGUGGAAGCUUCCAAGGAUGAUGAGGAAUUGCAGAAUAGUAAGCAGAAGAAACGAACUGCCAGAGUUAUUUCGAGUGAUGAAGAUGAAGUAUUAGAGAGUUCUCGAGCUAAAGGAACACCCGCAAAGAAAAAACGUAUAUCAGAAAAAUCUCCACGCGAGAAUAAACCGCAAAAUAAAAAACCAUCACUAUCAAAAUUAAAAAGCACCCCAACAAAAAAUCUAAAGCCAGUUGAUCCCAAUUCACUCUUUGGUGGGGAAACCUUACGUAUUGAAGCUAAGAAACCGCCGCCUCCAAAGGUAGAGGCAGCAAAAGAGUUGGAGGAUGACGAAAUCGACAAAAGUCUCAUGGAAGUUGAUCUGGACGAGAGUAUAAAAAUAGCCAAAGAACAGCAAAUCAAAACGCCAGAGAAAGGGUAUUCCAAAUCAAAAACUCCACAUAAAAGUCCCCGUAAAGAGGACAGUACGCCAAGUAAUAAGGAGAAAAAAGUCGACAAAGUCGCAUCAAAGAAAGCUAAUCAAGAAAAAGAACAUCUCAACGAAGAUAAAGUUGACAAUGCACAAACUAAAACUGAGAAAAAAAAGGAAAAAAGUACACCGAAAGCCAAGAAGAAGCAACACGAAGACUUGGAAAGCAGUAUUCUGUCGGACGAAGAUCGUCAUGAACGCAAACGUAUGUCGGCCAUUCUUUACCAGAAGUAUAAAAAUCGUGCGAGUGUUAUAAAUCCAGGAUGUAAGGAAGUCCCAAAGGGCACACCGAAUUGCCUAGCUGGACUAACGUUCCUCAUUACUGGAGUGUUGGAAUCGCUUGAACGCGAUGAAGCGGCCUCAAUAAUAAAAGAGUUGGGUGGUAAAAUGAUGACUACCGUGGGUAAAAGACUAAACUACUUAAUUGUUGGUGAGGAAGCAGGCCCAAAGAAAUUGGUGCAAGCAGAAGAAUUUGGUGUGCAUGUUUUAAGUGAAGAUGGCCUCCUCGACUUAAUUAGAGAAAAAUCAGGGGACCUCCCAAAGAAAGGAGUAAAGGAAGAAAAGGGGAAUGAGCUAAUCGCGGUAAGUAAGAGCCCCCAUAAGAAGAAAAAUAAAAAUCACGUUGAAGAGCAAAAUCCAAAAGAUAACUUUACAAAACAAAACGAAAAUACUGAAAAAGAUGCCAAGAAAAGUAAAAAUACUGUUAAGAUCGAGACCUCGGGAAGAAUUGAAACAGGGCUUAAGCAACUUAGUUCUCCAACCGAAGACACCAAAGUAAAUGUAAAAAUAGAAAUAAAAAAUAACGAUUUAAUAGAAAGCAGCGUUGAAGUAAAACAGAAAGUGGAUGACACAAUGCUUCCAUGGGUAGACAAAUAUAAACCAAUGAAUCUGAAUGAAAUUGUUGGACAAUUCGGACCAUCUAGUAAUGUCUCAAAGUUGAAAAACUGGCUUUCUAAGUGGUAUAUUAACCAUGAUGGCAAAAAGAAACUCCAAAAACCAAAUCCUUGGGCUAAAAAUGAUGACGGUAGCUUUUAUAAAGCAGCAUUGCUAUCAGGACCUCCUGGAAUUGGUAAAACUACCACGGCUACUCUAGUUUGCAAGGAAUUGGGUUUUGACACAGUUGAGUUCAAUGCAUCAGAUACGCGCAGCAAGCGGCUUCUGAAGGAAGAAGUAGCUGAACUCUUAUCCAAUAAAUCUCUCUACGGCUACUUUCAUGGUCAAGGUAAAACAGUAACCAAAAAGCAUGUACUUCUAAUGGACGAAGUCGAUGGAAUGGCUGGUAAUGAGGAUCGAGGUGGAAUUCAGGAACUAAUUGCAUUGAUAAAAGAUUCUUCAGUGCCAAUUAUUUGCAUGUGUAAUGAUCGUAAUCAUCAAAAAAUGCGUUCACUUGUCAACUAUUGCUAUGAUCUGCGUUUCAAUAAACCGCGAAUGCAACAGAUCAAGGGACGCAUUUUAAGUAUAUGUUGUAAAGAAGGAUUCAAGAUUGAUAACGAUAAGGUGGAGGAAAUAAUUGAAGCAACGAAUAAUGAUAUACGUCAAUCGAUAAAUCAUAUUUCACUAUUGAGCGCUGGCAAGCAUUUGAAACUGCCAUCUAAGAACGGAAAUGGUAUUAGCAAAACGGCGGAGAAAGACUUGAAAAUGGGUCCUUGGGAGGUAGUGCGCAAAGUAUUUUCCGCAGAUGAGCAUAAGAAGAUGUCGCUAAAUGAUAAAUGUGAUUUAUUUUUUCAAGAUUACAGCUUGGGACCAUUGUUUGUUCAACAAAAUUAUUUGCAAGUGUCACCACAGGGUUCCAAGUCAGAUAUUCCAUCUAAGGUUGCUCUUACAGCUGAUGCUUUAAGUUUGGGUGAUUUAGUAGACAAGCGCAUACGUUCCAAUUCCGCUUGGUCUCUGCUACCGACACAAUCGGUGUUUAGUUCAGUAUUGCCUGGGGAAUACAUGAGUGGUAACUUCAUUGGACAAAUAAAUUUCCCUGGCUGGUUGGGCAAAAAUUCACGGAAUAGCAAACGAAGUCGUCUAGCUCAAGAAAUUCAUGACCACACUCGUUUACGAACUUCUGCCUCGCGUCAAUCCAUACGCCUUGACUAUGCACCGUUUUUAUUAGAAAAAAUCGUACGCCCACUAAGGGAUUUGGGGAUGGAAGGAGUAAAACCGUCACUGGACGUACUGAAAGAAUACCAUUUGCUGCGAGAGGAUAUUGAUGCUCUGGUCGAGCUUACAACUUGGCCCGGCAAGAAGGGGCCUAUGGAAGCAGUAGAUGGGCGUGUAAAAGCGGCCUUAACUCGCACUUAUAAUAAGGAAGUGCUUGCAUAUGCGUAUUCUGCAAAUGUAGGAGUUAAGAAGAAAAAAUCGGAGGCAAAUGAUGAAAAUGAGCUGUAUGGCGAGGACGGCGAGGAAGUAGGCGAUGCUGCACAGUCAGAUGAGGAUGAUGAUAAAAUUGAAAACGAUGGUUUAAUUAAGGCAAGGAAACAUUCUGAUAAAGCCACAACAUCGAAAGCUAAACCAUCUUCAAUGGCCAAAACAACUGGAAGUGGUACUACAAAUAAAAAAUCUACAUCUAAAGCGUCUUCCACAAAAACAAAGAAGUAAAAUGGAAGAACAAAUAUACUUUUUGUUAACAGUGAAUUAUACAAGAAUUGCAUUGUGAUUUAUUAAUUCUCAUCUCUUUCUGAAAAAUAUAUUUAGUAUCGCACAU